CAGUAAACGUCACCGUUUGUAUCCGGAAGUAAUGGCCAUCACAAGCGACAGCAAUACAUGUAACGUUAGAGGAGAUUUUUACCUAAGAUAAUUGUUGUAUUGCAUAAAUGACUUCACACUUUAGACUCGGAAAGUACAGUGGACUUCUGCCGAAGGGAUUUACCGAGGAAGACCUGAGUCUAAGUGACGACGAGGACAUGCAGGAGGCUGCUGUAAAAAAAGACACGGAGGAAAAGUGUGAGAGCUCUGCACAAACUGUCAGUAAUGCUCUCAGUGAUUCCCCGACAUGCAACUUACCGGGUAUAUCCCAACAAAACUGGCAGAAAUUCCAGGACCUACGAAAAAAGAAGGAUGACUGGGAGGCAGUUAAAGUUCACAGAAAGAGAAAAAGAAAACGACACAAUCACGCUGCAGCCAAAUGCGGGGGGUCUACAGAGACAAGUGUGGGUCAGGAGGAACGGGAGAAGCACUGGAAUGGGCUGCAGCAGUAUUUUGGUGUGAAUGAUCGAUUUGAUCCCCCUGCAUGUUCCGUACCCCCUCCAAAGUCCGGCCUAGAAAAGAGCAUAGAGAGGGCCAUCGCUGAAGGGGACAUUGCAAAAGCAGAGGAGAUGAGCGACAGACUCGCCACUCGAGAGCUGGCUGUGAAAAUUGCUCGAGCUGCUGAUUGUCGUGACUUUGUGCAACAUAAACAGGAAGAGGAAGCUGAGAGGACGGCACAGAAAAGGAAGAAAAUAGCCUGGGGGUUCGAGGCUAAGAAACGAUGGGAAAGCAAAAGCAACAUGGGCUUCAUGUGAAAGAUGUGGCUGAAAAAUCUUUACACCAGCGAGGUCUGAGGGGACAACGUCGUCCUGUUGACUUGAGUUCAAAAAUGAUGCAGCAAGCAUGAGAUAGAGUGAGUGAGAGAGAAAAUUAUGGAAGAUUCAAAUUAAUUCCUAAGGCAAUCGUUUGUGUCUGCAUUGUGUUUUUUUUUUUUUUUUCCCAUUUCAGUGCUCUGGUCCUUUUUUUUUCUCCAGCUUCAAAUUAAAUCUGGUGUACAUUACUGGAUGAUGCGUUUAUUUAUUGCUGUAAAGUGGGUUAAUCAUGAAGGCGCUCUUUUCUUCUGCUUAGGAAGAGAAAAGGAAGAUUAGAGUCCUAAUGCAAUGUACAGGAUAAUGUGCGAUAGGAUUUGGGAGUAGAAAAUGAAAUUUGUCGGCUGUAAACUGCUGUGAGCGCUCGUAAACUUGAAGUUGGGUGAACAGCGUGGGGAGUGUUGCGGAGCCUUUGUGUUGUGCCUCGCCAACGCUGGGAGACACGCUAUUGUUCUUCUGUUAGAACAAGAGACGGGCGGUGUUUUCUUAAAGCCGUCACUGAUGUUCGGCUCUCCUUAGCAUCUGUAAACUCGUCUGAGUCGUUGUUCUCCUCUCUGCUACUUUGAUGUUCUACAAUCUGCAGCAUUAGCCUCUGUGAUUCCCUGUCGUUGCUGAAAUGCUAAUUCAGAUUCCACUAAGACUUAAUUGCAAAUGUACAAAAGGCACAAAAAAUGAUAAUGACUUUUUUUUGUUCAGAAUUUUACCUUAUAUCAUUUUCAAUCAUAGGAAAUGAUUGGCUUCUCCUCAAGGAAAUGAGAAUAAAAAUGUAAUUUACCUAAAGAGUUUGCUCUGUUUGGGCAUCACUGCACUGGGAUGGAGCUGCUGUUAAAGGCACUGCUUUGUCAACAACAAAAAAAUGUGUAAAAAGCAAAAUUAGUGUUUGAAGAAAAAGUUAAACUUGAGCAUGUUGUUGUUUAACACUUUGUAGGUUUUAAUAAAUUAUUAAGUCAGCUGAUAACUGACUUCUAUGUUCUUGAUAAUUAUUUAUAGCAGAUCAUAAUGUUAGCAUGUGCUACUUCUGCUAUUUCUGGGUACUGUCCAGUGAAGGCUACUAUAGGUGGUCGUAUAUAAAAGGUUGAAGUGAUGAUACCAGUGGUGCUUCGUGGAGGUGAAGUCUGUGCAGUGUUUAUUUUGCUGUCUACAUUCUCUGGAGCUGUUUGACUAGAAUAUAUUGUUAUGUAGUCUGGUAGACAUUGGACUAAUCUCUAAUUAGAUUAUGCGUCAUAUUUUGUUACUCCGUUCAUCAUCUCAACAAAAUGUCAGUAUUUACGUGUUUGUGUGCGUUUGACAAAUUUAAAUGUAAAUUUAAAUUCUUCGUUGCCCGGUCACUGUCAGUGAACAAAGCCAGCACUGAUCCAGGAACAGCGCAUGACUGUAUCAAUUUCAUCUCACAUAAAAAUUAAUCUCUUUGAACACAGGCUAAUGCCUUGAGCAGAGAUGAUUCUCCUUUUAAAGUGGAAAAUCCUCUUCCCUCACUCGUCUUGUCGAGGAGCUGUUUUCAAUAGUUUACCACUGGGGGCCAAUCUUAGCCCCUGACCUGGGCUGAUUUGUUAUGAAACGCUAAGGCAAAUUCCUUGGGCACAUGUUGAACCACUUCUAGGAAGUGUUUGUUGUGCAGAGCAGGGGAAGGGAGGAAAAAAACCAACAACAACAGCAAUCCCAUUAAGUGGUUAGAAAGCUGCUUUUGUAUGAAAGGGAACAUGUGUCGCUGCUAACAAGACAUCAGUACUAUCACGUUCUGCUAUCACCCACCAG